AUGCAGCUGGGGGAUGCAGAGGUGGUGAGUGAAAAUUUCGAUGGCGGGAUGAAAAGACGCGUAGAUCCUGGCCAUGGUGGGAUUCGAGAUGGAGGAUUAUCGAUUCAGAUGACUGGAUUGAUGCUUAUUCAGCAUACGGAGCAGAGAGAGAAUGCUGACGGAGGACUGUGCUCCGUGCGCACAAUAAGGUUUGUUGACAGGUGCUGGCCACCAUCUACUGUUUUGCCCCAACAGAAUUGGUCAACUGGUGAGUUUAGUAGGAUCAUGGACAUCCUUGCGAAGUGA